ACAAUUCCACUUCACCUUUUUUGUUCCCACCACACUUUCUUAUCCUCUUCAUAUCUUCCUGUCACUCCAACUCUACUUUUUCACUCACUUCCCUACUAUCCUACACCAUGGCCCUGCAACUGCAGGCACCCACCACAAGAAGCCACCUAGCGCCACCGUCUCCGUUGGCAGCUCCGAAGGGCAAUGCCGGCCUCCGACAACCGCCCGAUCGUUUCGCUCUAAAAUCAUCCUUCUUCUCUUCGUCACACCACCUCUUAUUGCUUUCCCCCAAGCAGAGGCCUCUUGCUUCUUCCGCUGCACCCAAGUUUUCCAUGCGCGUUGCCUCCAAAGGAGCAUAUAUUUGUCGUGAUUGCGGGUACAUAUACAACGACAGAACUCCCUUUGAGAAGUUACCUGACAAGUAUUUCUGCCCUGUUUGUGGUGCUCCGAAACGGAGGUUUAGACCAUACCAGCCUCCGGUGACCAAGGACGCCAACAGCAUAGACGUCCGAAAGCAGCGAAAAGCGCAGCUGCAGAGAGAAGAAGCAAUCGGGAAGGCGCUGCCUAUUGCUGUCGCCGUCGGAGCUGUGGCGCUUGUUGGAUUGUACUUCUACAUCAAUGUCGGCUUUCAGGGAUAGAAAGUGUUACUGUAACCUCAAAUUAGUGAACAUUCGUAGAAUGCUCGUAUCAGGGAGCCUUUUUCUGAAUCUUUCUGUUCAAUUUACUUGCAUCACACCUGCAAUUCAAUGCACAAUAAGAAUAAAGAGAUACCACUUGAAA